AGGAAUCUCAGGAUAUGCUGACCAUGUGGGAGAAGUUGGUGUCCCCCUGAGGCACUGCAUGGAUAAGGCAAAGGAGAUAGUACCAAAAGAGAAACAACCAGAGACGCCAGUUUACUUGGGGGCAACAGCUGGCAUGCGGCUGCUAAGACUGGAGAAUGAGAACACUGCUAUAAAGGUCCUCUCUGCAGUAGAGGAGACCCUGCGCUCAUACCCCUUCCGUUUCCAGGGUGCCAGGAUCCUCGCUGGUGAGGAAGAAGGUGCCUAUGGCUGGAUCACCAUCAAUUACCUGCUGGGCAACUUCAGAGAGUCUAUCUGGCCAAAAUUCCUGCCCCGCAUCUUCUUCAGAACUGGAACCAUAGGGGCGCUGGAUCUUGGUGGAGCUUCCACACAGAUCACCUUCGUACCAGACCAGGAGACACUGGAGUCACCAGCAGAUACAGCAAACUUCUAUCUCUAUGGCAAACAGUACAUUGUGUAUACGCACAGCUUUCUGUGUUACGGGAAGGACCAAGCACUCCGGCAGCUGCUCCAAGAUGUUCUGGACUCAUCGAGUAGCAGAAUCAGAGACCCAUGCUUCCACCAAGGAUAUGAGAGGACUCUUAAUAUUUCUAACCUGUGCAAAAGCCCGUGCACAGCUCCAAACAUCACCCUACCCUGCUCCUCGCAGCUCCAAAUUGAGGGCGCUGGAGAUUAUGAAAUGUGCCUGACAAGCAUUGAGAAAAUCUUCAAUAUUGUCCACUGUCCUUACUCCAGCUGCUCAUUUAAUGGUGUUUUCUUGCCUCCAGUAUCUGGGGAUUUUGGGGCAUUUUCUGCUUUCUACUAUGUAAUGAACUUUCUAAAUGCGACAAAAAAGCCUAUGGACCAAGUAAUAGAAGAAGUAAAGAACUUCUGCUCCAAACCCUGGAGUCAGGUGAAGGCUGAAUUUCCUACAGUAAAGGAGAAGUACCUGAGUGAAUACUGCUUCUCAGCAACUUACAUUUUCUCAUUGCUCAGCCAGAGAUACAACUUCACCAAGGAGAAAUGGCAGGGCAUCCACUUCCUGGGGAAGAUUGGCAGCAGUGACGCCGGGUGGACUCUGGGCUACAUGCUGAACCUCACCAACAUGAUCCCUGCGGAGCAACCCUAUACGCACCCGCUGUCUCAGUCUAGCUAUAUUACCCUCAUGGCCAUCUGCUCCAUUCUGGUGGUGUGCCUGCUCGCCAUAGGCUACGUGAGCUAUCGGAAACCAAAGUGCCUGAAAAAGGAAGUAAUUUAGAACUGGGGUUGGCCUAGCCCACAGCAAAAACACAGCAAAAGACAACUAGAACCCAGUGUUCUGCCAAAAUGGCUGACUUUGUACAAGGGCCUUCUGCGCCACUUUCUCUAGCCACUGACAGAUGCCAAGAGAGCAGUGUGCUUUCCUUCUGUCAGCUUCCCCCAUCCUGGAGAUCCGCCUCCCAUCCUGAUCCUUGGCAGGGGUAGGGGAGCUGAUUGGUGUGGGGCUCAGAUGCUGUAUUAAGAACACCUGCUUCUCUCAGGUCCACCCCUUUGUGCAUUGUCUCAGCCCUAGAAAUGAAACAUGUGGGGGAGGGGGGCACCAAAUCCAAAAAUGGCCGGCUGGACAAUGCAGGGACAAAUUCUAGCCUGGAAGGACCAGCUGCUCUCAGGGUUCCACAUCCUCUUUUGCUCCAUUGGAAAUGUCAACAGUCAUUCAUUUAAAAAAAAACAAAAACAAUCCCGGCGGCACCUGUCACGUUCAUGGCGAAUCAGCUAGCAUUUGCCGUGUCAUUUCCUGGGGAAGAUCCCCUCUUCGAGACUUUUGGCAAAACAGGCUGUCCACGUGACUAAUCGUCAGCCAGGAGAAAGCAGCAGAAUGCCUCAGAGUAAAAAUGCGUAUUUCACAGAAAUUAGUCUGUGAGAGAGGAACUCUUUCCCAAAGUCCCAUGGCCGCCACCUGGGAAAUAGGCCUUGUGCUGACUGGUUGACUUGCCUGCUAAUUGAACGGAUUAGUCAAGGUGAUCCGCAGGCAGCUGCUCCCUAUGGACUGUGUGGAUUCUGAACGCUGAGGCCUGACGUAGCACACUCCUCCUAAAGCCAACAGUAUAGGUCUUUGGGAACAGUUAAACCCCAGCCUUGGCAUCCUGGUCCAAAUGAAAACCAGCUAUUCACUUUGCACACAUGUGUACAGCUCUGAAUUUGUAUUAAAUAUUAAAGAUGUUUUGAUUAA